AUGCCCUUUGAGAACAGGUUGGUCAUUUUUCUACCCAAGUUGAGCAUCAAAGGUGGUGCAGAACUCUUGUUCGAUGGUGUCAAAAAGCAUCAGGUGACUUUGCCCUGUCAACCAGAGCCUUGGGAUAUCAGAAACCUGCUAAAGUGGAUCAAACAGAAUCUGUUGAAAGAACGGCCAGAAUUAUUUAUGCAAGGGGAAUCUGUGAGGCCAGGAAUUUUGGUGCUCAUCAACGAUGCAGACUGGGAACUAAUGGGUGAGCUGGAUUAUAAACUCCAGGACCAGGAUAACGUGCUUUUCAUCUCGACAUUGCAUGGCGGGUGAACUCCUGGAGAAACGAGAGGAUGUAAAUCCAAACCCCUGGGCAAAAAAAACCCAAACAAAACCCUAAACCCACCCAAACAGUCUUGACCUGUCUGUGCCCAGACUCUGCAUCUUCCCACCGCGUUCGCUUGUUACUAGACAUCCAAAUAAAGCCCUGCCAGCACGCGGCCUGCUGUCCACCACAACAGCAUCCAUCUUUUGGUCCUCAUUUCGCCUCUCCUGCCUGCACUUCCAGGUACCCUAACGAGCAGAGAGCACCUGCAGCAUGUGGGGCUUUGUUUUUCCAUGACGGGAGGAAGAGGGGUGCUGAACC